ACUCAUCACAGGAACAACUCUCUCUGAGGUCUGUCUGAUCAGAAGUGCGUGGGACUCCAUUCUCUCCUCCUCAGUAGAUUCUCUUUAGAAGCCCCACAGUGAAGGCACAGUGAUACCUUUGGACAAUUGAAGCAAACGCACGCAUUUGCCUCAGGAAAUGUCCUGCUGCUGUUGUCCUCUGCCAGUCCAUGUUGCUUCCGUGAGGACUCGGCCACUACAAAGUCUACAACUGAAGAUAUGUGGUUUUGUCAUUUUCCUAUGGAGCAAUAAAGCCCAGCUGCUAUGUUCACUCUAUUACUGAGGGGAUUCCCAGGUUAUGGAGUUGUGUUGUGAGACCGUGAUGUCAGCAGUAGAACAGCAGACUCAAUGGAACUGCGCUGAGAGAGGAAAUGCACCAGUCUGUAUGGCUUAAACAGACCAUAAUAUAUCAUUGCAAUUCUCCCAACCUGAAUUGGUCCCAUUACCCUCUCGGUCCUAGAAGUGUUGUCUUUUCCAAACCAAUCAAUGGAGGACACGUUGCAUUAUUCUAAGGAGUGGGAGUGCAUUCUUCUCAAUAAUAUAAACAAAUCCAAAUGUAUCUGUUAAUCUAGUAGGGAUUGGUAUGGUAUACUUGACUUUUGCCCCUAAAAUAACUUCCUGAACAAACUGUAAAGUAGGACUACAACUUUUGUUUUGGAGGACUACAACAGGAAGUUCAGUAGAACUAUAACCCCCAUUACCCACCAUGGUGUUGCCGCAGCCAGACAAGCGCCAUGUGUGCCUGACCACAAUGGUGGUCAUGACCAGCAUGGCCUUUAUGGAUGCCUACCUAGUAGAGCAGAACCAAGGGCCCAGGAAGAUCGGGGUGUGCAUAAUCGUGCUGGUGGGAGACAUCUGUUUCCUCAUCGUGCUGCGCUAUGUGGCAGUUUGGGUCGGGGCCGAGGUGAAAACUGCCAAGCGUGGCUACGCCAUGAUCCUCUGGUUCCUCUACAUCUUCGUCCUGGAGAUCAAACUCUACUUCGUCUUCCAGAACUACAAGGCGGACAGGAAGAGCCUGGAGACGGUGGCCCGCAAGGCUCUAACCUUACUCCUCUCUGUGUGCGUCCCGGGGCUGUACCUGGUCCUUGUUGCUCUGGACAGCAUGGAGUAUGUGAGAACCUUCCGGAAGAAGGAGGACAUGCGGGGGAGGCUGUUCUGGGUGGCCCUGGACCUGCUGGAUGUUCUGGACAUCCAGGCCAACCUGUGGGAGCCCCAGCGGACGGGCCUACCCAUCUGGGCCGAGGGACUGAUGUUCUUCUACUGCUACAUCCUCCUCCUUAUCCUGCCCUGUGUCUCCCUGUCUGAGAUCAGUGUCCAGGGGGAGCACGUCUCGCCCCAGAAGAUGAUGCUAUACCCUGUUCUUAGUCUUGUUACCAUAAACAUAGUGACAAUCAUGAUCCGUGGGGUCAACAUGGUGCUGUUCCAGGAUAGUAGGGUUUCCACAAUCUUCAUAGGGAAGAACGUGGUGGCCAUAGCCACGAAGGCCUGUACGUUUCUGGAGUACAGGAGGCAGGUGAAGGAGUUCCCUCCACAGGACCCUAGCAUGGCAGGUAUAGCAUUAGAGCUGCAGCAAGGGAACUCUGUGGGUCACAACCACGGGCACAACCAGGCCUUGCCCAAUGCCACCACUAGCCUCCCCGACGAACCCUCACCGACCGAGGUCAUAGACACAUGACCCUUGCCCAUGGAUAGUUACAUCCUUUUCACACUGUAAUGCCGAGCGGAUCCAUACUGUGAUGGUUUGGGUAUUUUCUUUCACACUGUGCUUUCCAGCAACUACCAGCGCAGUACAGCUUGGCUUAGCUUGGCUUAGUAGUGUGAAAAGUGUGGCAAGUGUCUGACCCUGGGCAAAGCUAGACUGGACUAGACUUCUCAGAGCUCAGCUAGACUGAACUAGACUUCUCAGAGCACAGGAUGACCCCAAAAAAGACUGUUUCCGUCCAAUGGGGUGGCAGAAAGAAACAUCAUGUUUCACUGAGUCCGCUCCAGCUCAGGAAAACGGCCCAGCGCCUUGCCAGCCAGCCUACCAGAUGAACUGAUGAGAUCAUUCUGAUAAAGACUGAUGUGUUUUUCUAUUCUAUUGUGUGUGUUUCUAUACUUCUAUAUGGUGGACUAGCAGACAGACAGACAGACAGACAGACAGACAGACAGACAGACAGACAGACAGACAGACAGACAGACAGACAGACAGACAGACAGACACAUACAGGUGACCUCAGAUACAAAGCCCAACUCAGCUGACAUGAGCUUAUUGUCCACCUGUAACCAGACCUGGGUGCAAAUACUAUUCAAAUUAUUUCAAAUACUUUAUCUGGACUUGAU